GGGAAUAUUGCCAUACUUUUUCUUUUGUCUUUUUUUUUCUUUUUUUUUUACAUAUAAAAGAGAAAAAAAAAUGACACAAUAUAAGAUAUUAAAUCAAAGAUCUCGGUCACAAAAUGACCUUAGAGGCAGUCUAUUGUUCAAGUAUAGACUAGCAAAAGGGUUAACGCUAAUUAGUUUAUUGGCUAUUGCUUCUAUAACUGGAAUGUCGUAUUUUUAUUCAAGUAAACAAUAACAGCAACAACAACAAAAAAAAGUCUUCUCUAUAAUGCUUUCUAACUAUAAAUAUAUAUACAUAUUUAUAUUAUAACCUCUAAUUUGAAAUAGAUACAAGUUCAGUGAGUGGUAGUCAAUAUAAAAAUGAAUCUAUAUCAUUAGAUCUACAGCAUCAAACUUCUUUACCAGAAAAAUGUUUUUUACCAAAUAUAAUCAAAAUGCCUAAAAGCCCUGAUGGCACCUAUACACCUCCUUCACCUCAUUAUACAUUAGUUAGAGCAGUUGGAUUUGCGACUAAUGAAGAAUAUCAAAACUAUUGUCACAAGUACGAUGAUAAACUUGGUGCAUUUACAGAUGAGUGGCUAUAUAAUCAACAGGGUGAAUGUGGUAAUUGGCAGGACGGUUAUAUCAAAUUACACAAGAAAAAUAUGGCUAUUUUAGAGAAAUAUAAAGACGGAAUCUUUCCCGAAGAUAUUAACGUUGAAGAUAGUCCAAAAUUCAUAUCUUAUAUUUGUAAAGAAGUACCCAAGGAUAGUAAUCGUGGUUGUGGUGGUCUAGCUGACAGAAUGGGUGGUAUGAUUUCAACUUUCUUUUACGCACUAUUAACUGAUCGGGCUUAUUUAUUAAACUGGGCUGCUAUGAAUCCUUUACCGUUGGAAGCAAUUUGGGAAAGACCUUAUAUUGACUGGUCACAUGAUCCUGAGGAAAUGGAGGCCUUAUUUACAAAUGAUAUCAAUCCAUUCCUAGGUUAUCAAAAAGUGGAUCUUUUAAAUAAGAAACUGAGAGUCCUUAAUAGUAUCAUGUUCCCUGAUGGUGGCAAUACAGAUUUUAAAGAAUUAUGGAACGAAACUUAUGUUGAGGUCAGAUCAAAUCGUGGCUAUAUAAUUCGUACCUUUCAACUUCAUAAAGCGUAUACAAAGAUAUUAAAUGAUCUAGGUUUAACAAAAUCCAAUGCAUUUAGAUGUCUUACCAACUUUCUUUUUCGACCCACUAUUGGCUCUAGAAGAUUCCUGAAUGCUUACAAAAGUUUAUUUGAAAUGAAGAGUAUACUCAGUAUUGGUAUUCAGAUACGUACAGAUGAUAAUGCAAUAGCAAAUCCACAGUUUGAUGAAAAUGGGUUAGAGAAAUGGGGCCACUUUUUAAAAUGUGCAGGAGAAUUAGCUAGCUUUAAAAAAGAAAUGAAUCACAAACAUAUUGUUUUCUUUCUUGUAACUGAUUCAGCACAUUUACGGGAUGAAUUUGUUUCAUUAAAUACGAAUCGAGAACGUGCUAAAGAAUAUCUUGGUGAAGAUAUCGUUGAUAUCUCGAGCAUUGUGAUUACGGGUUUACCUAUUGAGCAUAUAGAACCAGAACAGAUUGCAAAAUAUAUUGAGGUGAAGGAUCCAAAGGAAGUCAAUAUGGAAAGGAUGCGACCUGGUGUUAACAGUGCCUAUAUGGAAAACUGGUUAUUAGCUGAGACACAAUAUCGUGUCAUUAGUAUUCAAGGUUAUGGUAAGAUGGCUGCCUUUUAUUCAGGUGAUGAUAAAACUUCAAUUUCUAUGCCAAAGCCAAGCCCAAAGUAUCCUUUCCCUGUAUGCAACACAGAUGAAGCAUUUACUACCUUUGAUUGGCUUAGUACAGUAUGGAGUUUAGGUUAAAAGCAAGACAUACACUAUAAUAUAUAUAUUUGUAUAUAAACGGUUUAUGUAUUAGAUAGAUAGAAAGGUUUAAUGUGCUAUCUAAAUAUAGAAGAUGGUGAUAUAUAUAUAUAUAUAUAUAUA